CCCUAUUUAAUCUCGUCUUCAAACAAAUUCUGGAACAAACAAUCGACCACACUUUAAAAGGGGUUGAACUGCUUAAUGAGAACAAUGAACCCUGGACAAUCAAACACCUAGAAUAUGCCGAUGAUCUAUGCAUACUAGCCAAUGACACUGAUGAAGCAAUCAAAUCAUUAAACUCCCUACAAAAAUACCUUCGAAUGCUAAACAUGGAAAUCUCCACAUCAAAAACAAAAUAGAUGAUAAUAAACAAACAUGAUAACCCAACUCCAAUAACCAUUGAAAAUAAACAAAUUGAAGAAGUCACUAACUUUCUCUAUCUCGGCUCAAUACUAAAUCACAAAGGAUCAGCAGAUGAUACAAUCACACACAACAUAGCCAAAUCAAAGAAUGCUCUAAUCAAAAUAUCACCCAUCUUAAAAAGCAAAAAGCUCAACCUAUCAACAAAAACAAAACUAAUCAACACACUAAUAAUUCCUCAUCUCACAUACAGCCUAGAAUCCAUAGUCUUAAGGAAAAAAGACUGGUCCAGACUAGAAGCCGUCCUCAAUACGACACGACGCAUAAUCCUAAACAUUAAAGACAGAAAGGAACUCAACAUCGAACAACUACAUGAAAAAAUACAUCUUCCUAACAUUGCGACAAAAAUAAUGCAGAACCGACUCAACCUAUGGUAUACAGCAAAGAAAAGGUCAGAUAACAUAAUGAUCAAAACACUAACAAGUCACAUAGAAAACCCUUUCAAACACCGCAAUGCACAUACAAAAAACUGGAUUAGACAGUUAACCCAAGACAUUAAUGAAAUGAAAGACAAUCUUCCCACAAACUGGAAGAAGCAUCCAACAAAAGUAAAAAUUGCACCCACAAACACACAUCAACCCAAAGUAAUCGGUCAAAGACAACUAACACACCCAUGCAAGAACAUAAACUGCUACCGAAUGUUCGCCACAAAGAAGGAAAUGAAUCGACACUUUAGAAAUGAUCACAAUACUGUUAAUCCAAAUCUCAUUACAACAACAAAACUACACUGCCCAAUAACAGACUGCAACAAAACAUACAAAACAAUCGGAUGGCUAAAUAGACACAUCAUAUCAUGUCAUCCCCAAUACUCUCAACAUGAAACAAAAAAUAACAACAAUACACAAACCAAAACAAAAACACACACAUGUGAAACUAAUAACACACAACAAUGCCCAUACCCAGGAUGCAACAAAAUUCUACCAACGGCAAAAGGCAUCAUAAAUAAAUGCUAUGUCGUACACAGAUGGUCAGCAAUCACCGGAACAGAAGUAAAGCCAAAGAAAAAACAGACAGCUAAAACAGCUAUUGAGCCCCGGUAGUUGUGCCUUGCUUCAUUGUAGCCUCUCCAGAAGGGCCAACAGGCUUCACCAAAAAGUUUGGCUGGAAGGGGCACCACAGGGAUGGUAGGCAAAAUCCGA